CAUUUUCAUUUCGAAAAUGUUUUGGAUUUGCUUGAAAACAAAUUGGGUUUUGUUUAUACUAUUUGAAUUUUGAUAAAAAGUUUCAGCAAUGGAGAAUUCUUUCUUCGAAUAUCGUGAUAAAACUGGUGCCAUGAGCGAGUCAGAUUCGGAAAUUAUCGAUAGUAGUUAUGUGGUGGACGAUUCUUUUGUACAAAAACAAAAGAAAUCUGUUGCUAAAAACCAUACUGUAUUUGUAGCUGAAUCCGAAGAGUCUUCUUCAGAAGGUGAUGUGGAUGAUGAUGAGAGCUGCCCAAUUCCUAACGUAAGGAAGUCUGUAGUCCGGAGGACCAAUAUCACAGAUACACAUAUUGUUUCCAGUAGUGAUGACGAUACCAAUAAGAGGGGCAGUAUUAGACAAAAGUCGGAGUCAUCUCCGAACAGAAUAGUUGUUAGCUCAUCAGAUGAAGAACAAGAUGUAUCACCAGAAAUGAUACCAAAACGUCGUCCACCAACAAGAGUGCCAUCAGGGUCACCGGCAUCUUUCAUUGUACGUAAAAACAAGAAGAGAAUGAUCCUGGAAUCGGACACAGACAACUCUAUAAUCAUAGAGCAUGAUAGAUAUAGAAAGGUUACGUGUUUGAAAGACACACCUUUGAAAAUAGAUAGUAACAAUACACGCAAAGUUGAUGAAAGUAGUUUCAUGGGUACAGAUGACGAAUCAAGUGAUAAUGAUGAGGUAAAUGCUGUAAAUGAGACCAAAGAAUAUGAUGUAAAUGAGAAUGUUGAUGAAACAAAAGAUGAUAAUAACACAAAAGAUGAUGUUAAUGAAACUAAAGAUGAUAAUAACACAACAGAUGAUGUUAAUGGGACAGAAUAUGAUGUUGAUGAAACAAAAGAUGAUAAUGACACAAAAGAUGAUGUUAAUGAUACAGAAGAAGAUAUUAAUGAGACAGAUGAUGAUGACGACGGAUUGGAGGAAGACAGGAUGCUGAUGUCCCGAGCGACACGGAUGAGUAUCAUGGGCGUGAUACCGAAAGACGAUGACAGUGAUGAUUCUGACUUUAUACAGUCAGAUGAGAGUGAACGAAAAUCUGGAGUGGAAUCACCAGAUAUUGAAGCAGAGUUACCGGAUGUCAGCAAUUCCAUUUACAAAUCCCCUACAAAACCCGUAGGAGAUGACAACGACACGUCUAGACUAACAUGUUCUCCUUUUGCUAGUCCACUGCAGGAUGUUUCUAAUAAAUUAAAUGAAAGUAGUAAUAGGACAAUCAAUAUAAACGACAAGAUGAAUAAUUCAACAAGAAACGAAUCUUUGAGGCGAGACAGCUAUGUGACAGCAACAGUGGACCUUACAACAACUGAUUUCCAUUUUGCUGGGCAUAAAGCGGCCAAUGUGAAAGAGAAUGCGGACGAUGACGUCACCAUCAUAGACAAUAAGCCGGAGAUCAUUGCUUUGAGCAGCGACGACGAAGAUGAGGUGAAAGUUAAAUCGCCUCGCUCCCCUAAACCCAAAAAAGAGGAUGUCAAACUGAAGGACAAUGACAUAAAACAGUACCUCGUACCACCGAGCUACCCCGGCCAGCAAGUUGUGUACGUGAAGAAACAUGUCAGGGAGAACGAGCUUAGCAAGCUGAACGGACUCAAAGAGGACCUUCAGAACAUUAGAUAUCUCCUGGACAAUAUGGACGUGGAGACGCUCCCCGAUGGCGGAGUGAAGCUGAUCCAGCGCCUCACGACUCUGGAGGCCGAGGUUCGCCGCCAGGGGGACAGGGUGGCCAACAUGGUCGUAGAGCCAGACAUGCCUACAGCCGCCGACAUAGCCCGGGACGGAUUCGAAGGUGUGGACGAGAACGGGCUGACGUGGGAUGACAUACAGAAAGCAAGCAACGCUGUGCAGCCCAAGAUGUUUGGCAAACAAGCAAUGGCCACCCACAUGGCGGAACGGAACCUGAUCCUGGAGCGCCUGCGCAGCCUCCACCAGUCGCUGGGCUCGCGGCCCGCGGAGACGGAGCUGGCGGCGGCGCCGAGGGCCGUGAGCACCGAGCUGAUGCCGCACCAGCUGCACGCGCUGGGCUGGCUGCGGUGGAGGGAGACGCAGAGACCCUGCGGGGGAAUACUAGCGGACGACAUGGGUCUCGGCAAAACCAUCACGAUGAUAUCGCUAAUCGUGAGCGACAAGGAGGGCAAUAUUGACCACGACGAUGACACGGACGAGGAGGAGGUUACCAAGAGCAAAACUAAACUUUGCCGCGGCGGCACCCUGGUCGUGUGCCCGGCGUCGCUGAUGCAGCAGUGGGCCGGCGAGGUGGGCAAGCACUGCGCGGCGCACAGCCUCGCCGUGUUGCUGCACCACGGCGCCGCGCGCGCCGCGCAGCCGCACCGGCUGGCGGCCGCCGACCUCGUGCUCACCACCUACAACCUGCUGCAGCGCGACCGCGAGAAGAACGGCGUCCUGAUGCGAGUCCAAUGGCGCCGCAUAAUCCUGGACGAGGCCCACAUCGUGCGCAACCACAAGGCGGCCACGUCCCUCGCCGUGUGCGCGCUACACGGCGCCCGCCGCUGGUGCCUCACCGGGACCCCCGUGCAGAACAAAGACCUGGACCUCUUUGCGCUACUCAAGUUCUUGAGGUGUACGCCUUUUGAUGAUCUCACUAUGUGGAAGAAAUGGAUCGACAACAAAAGCCAAGGCGGCCAAGACCGUCUCAGUACAAUCAUGCGUUGCAUACUGUUGCGGCGGACCAAGCAACAGUUGCAGCAGAACGGGCAGCUGGCAUGUCUGCCUGAACGAACUGCACACCAGUGCCACGUCACGCUCACUCAGCCAGAGAUGAAUGUGUACCAGAAGGUAUUGGUGUUCUCCAAGACGCUGUUCGCCCAGUUUCUCCACCAGCGCGCGGAGAAGCACGCCGACAGCCAGGGGUUCCUGCCGCCGGAGAAAGAUACCGCCUACGCCAAAAUGCACAAGAAGAUGAUCGCUCUACAAGGAGCGAAACCGGUGAAGUCCCACGAGAUCUUGGUACUGUUACUGCGGCUGCGACAAGUGUGCUGUCACUGCGGACUCAUAGCCGCCAUGUUGGACGAGAACGACGCAGGUAACAUCGAUGAAGACCCGGCGGGACAGGAUCUGCUGCAAGAGCUCAACAAGCUCACAAUCGAGGAUUCGCACAGUAAAAGAAAGAGUGGCGGCCAACCAGAUGAAGAGGACAACGAGCCUCAAGACAGCGUGGGUGUUGCUGAAGCUAUUCGUUCAGUGCUGUCUCCGAACAACCCAGUGUUUGAGCUCACCCGACUGUCCUCCAAGAUCAAGGCAGUGAUGGACUGUCUGCAACAGAACGUGUUCUCCAACAAGACCGACAAAGCGGUGGUCGUGUCGCAAUGGACGUCAGUCCUCAGUUUGGUGGAGCGCGAGCUGACCAAAGGCGGCGUGCGCAGCGUGACGCUGAGCGGCAACGUGCCGGUGCCGGCGCGGCAACGCCUCAUCGACGCCGUCAACGACCCGCUCAGCAGCGCCAGGGUAAUGCUUCUUUCAUUGUGCGCCGGCGGCGUUGGUCUCAAUUUAUGCGGCGCCAACCAUCUGCUCCUGUUGGACCCGCACUGGAACCCGCAGCUGGAGGAGCAAGCGCAGGAUAGAAUAUACCGCGUGGGGCAGAAGAAACACGUUCACAUUUACAGAUUCAUGUGCGUGGACACCGUGGAGCAGAGCAUCCGCAAGUUGCAACAAGCCAAGCUGGAGCUGGCCGAGAACGUGCUGACUGGCGCGCGGCAUACCAACGCUUCCAAACUCAGCAUCGAAGACCUCAAAGUGCUGUUCAAUAUGGGCCAGUGAUGAUGAUUGUAGUUAUUCACCAUAUUUCGACGUUAGACUGAAUGUGGAAGCAAUAUCCUACUAAUAUUAUAAAUCCGAAAGUAUGUCAGUAUGUAUGUUUGUUACUCUUUCACGCAAAAACUACUGAACUGAUUACGAUGAAAUUUGGUAUGUAGGUAGCUGAAGACCCAGAAUAACAUAUAGGCUACUUUUUAUUCCGCAGUACCCGCGGGAUUGAUAGGGUUUCCAUGCGGACGAAGUCGCGGGCGGCCUCUAGUUAAUUAAUAUAAUGAAACCUGUCAUAUUAAGGGAUCGUAACCGUGUGUCGGUAUGCCACGACAUAUUUGGAUUCAUUGCCAUCCGGUUUAAUGAGAUCUUUUUAAUUUAGCUAACAAUUGUGAUAGUAAUUUGGUAAGCCCAAGUUGCAACAAGCCAAGCGGGAGUUGGAUAAAAACGUGCUUCCAAACUCAGUAUCAAAGACCUCAAAGUGCUGUUUAGUAUAACCAAUAUAUAACCAAUGAUAACUAUGACCAGAAGAAAUACAAGUAUUUUCACCAGAUUUCAAUGUCAGACUGGAUGUGGGACCGUCGAUGUUGGGAGCUUAGACUAGCUUAAACCUAGACUACAAACUAUUCACAAUAUUUCAUGUCACACAGUGUAAAUACAAGCAGAGAACUUUUCACCAGAUUUCUAUGUUAAACUGAAUGUAGGACCAUCAAUGUUAAGAGCUAUUUUAACCAUGAAAUGUCGAAGUUAAUUAAAUCAGUUUGUAAGGUUAUGACUUAUUUUGGAUUUGUUAUUGUGACUUAUUAAUCUGGUAUUUAGAGGCUUGGCAAUCAGGAUCUCACAG